UUGGUAUUGCCGAUUACACAACGAUGCCUUUCAAUUAUAAUUUUGGCUUGGAAUCGACUAAAUUUAUCGCUUUAUUGCAGGGACUACAGCAGUUGUUAGUCUAUCCGGCUGGUUUUCAAUUCGAUUUGAUAAUCAAUGACUACACAAUGGGUCCAUAUUUGCUUUGAUUUGUGCACAAGUUUCGCUAUCCACCCAUAAUUGGCAUGACGGCAUUUAGCAAUCUGCCCAUUACUUUAGAUUUUAUGAGUAAUCAUUAUUUUUCCGCACUGAUAUGUUAUUUCUCAACUCAAUAUAAUCCAAAAAUGAGCUUCUUACAGUGCUCGGAUAAUACGCUUAUGUUUGCCCUCGAUGCAGUUUGUCGUCGCUUGUAUUAUAAUCCCAGGCUCGAAGAAAUAUCGCGCCCCUAUUUUGGAUCCAAUACGCCAUUCCUGUUGCAGCUGGCAAGCGUACUAAAAUUUCACUGGUCAACUCACAUCCUGCCACUCUUUAUGUUGAGGCCAAGCCACCCAAUAUUAUACAGAUCGGGAAAGACCCUGCUCGACGACUCGGAUAAAUUUAUGAGACAGUGGCAAACGCAGCGCCAUAUUCAUGCCACAAUAUGUGGAACAAUGAAAAAGCUGGCAAUAGUGGAUACUUUGAGGCAGAUGCCUGAUAAUAAUUUCAUAUGGAAAUUUGACAGAUUGACUAUCUGAAUAUGACCAUUGAGCAGAUGAUCUUAGCAAUAUGAAAGGUUGCUGAGAACGAUCGUUACUCGUUGGCUAUGAAAAUGCGCUCGACCGUUUGGUGGAUCGAGUAUUUGUAACGCCAUCCCGAUCCUCUGCACUUGCAUUCGGCAGCCAAGGAACUGAACUGUUUCCAAGCUCAUUCCUUGGAAG